AGCUCUACCCGAAGUCACUGAACCAGAAUCAGUUUUAGGGCGUCCGAUUGUCGCCGUCGCCGUCGUCGUGUAGAAGCUCCAGUUCGUCAGGCAAGGAUUCAUUUCUCUCUGUUCUUCCUUAAAUCACAUUUGUAUACCUUUAAUCUCUUGAGACAUGACUAAAUAUAUCUACAAAUCAAUCAUUUCUAACUCUCUCAUGAAGAAUUUGAACCAAUCUACUUUCUUCAGACAUCACAUUUCCUUUUCUAAUACAAACUUCUCCACAUCUGCAUCUUCGCCUUCUCGAUCUGUUAACCGCGUUAUCGCCGCAGAGUACUUGAAUACACAUCACAAUUUCCCCCCAGAGUUCAAAUCGAAGCUCUCAUCCAUUUACCGAUCAAUAGAUCCAGAUAAGUGCGACUCAAUCAUCUCAAUUUUUAAAAACAACGGAUUCUCCCAGACUGAUUUGGAGCGAAUCGUAUGCCGAAAACCUAGCAUUGUUGCUGCAAGCCCUAACAAAACAGUCGAGCCCAAAAUCAAGCUUUUCCUCGACUCCGGUUUCUCUCCCGCAGAAACAGCAGACCUAAUUGUUAUUGAUCCCGGGAUUUGGAGUCGCAGCACAGAUCAUCUUUCCUCCACAAUUGCCAAAUUGAAGGAAAUCUUUGACUAUGAUACCAGUAGAGUUCACAUGUUUCUGAAAAUUGGGCGAUUUCCCUCCACUUGUUUGGAGAAGUAUUUGAUACCCAACAUAAAAUUGUUACAGAGUUUUGGAAUUGAAACAGAGCAGAUUCAGCGAUACAUUCCGAAGAGCCCGAGACACUUUUGUUCAAGAACAGUGAAGAUGAUGGAACUUGUUAAGAAGGCGGAGGGAUUGGGUAUCAGUAGGAAUGGCAAAAUGCUUCUUCCAACAAUGAGAACUUUAAGUUCACUUUCUAAAGGUAGUUGGGAGAGAAAAUUGAGGGUUUUCAGAGGUUUAGGUUUUAAUGAAGAUGAAAUUGCUCAUAUGCUUAAGAGGAUGCCAUUGGUGAUUAGUGUUUCAGAAGGAAAGAUUAAGGAUAUUACAGAGUUUUUAGUUAGUAGUGGUGAAGCUAACGUUUCUACGAUUGCAAGAUACCCUUUUGUGUUGAUGUUCAGUUUGGAAAAGAGAUUGAAGCCUCGGUUUCAGGUGCUGCAAGCUUUGAAGAGUAAGCGUUUGAUCGAUGAGAAACAUACUUUGUUAACUGUUUGCAAGUUAACGGAUGCCUACUUUGUGAGUAAAUUUUGUGUUCUUCUUCCUCAAUCAGAAGAUGGAACUUUAUUGUGUUCUUAAUCUGGCAUAGUGUUGAAUAGAACUGAAUUUAACUGAGUAACUUUAUUGUGUUCUUUUGUU